AUGCGACGACAUCCGCGCUUCGAUCCAGGGCCACCGGGGUCCCGGGCCUUGGCCGCAUCUGACCGAGCUCUCCGGCCUCGUGUCCGCCUUUUGCAGGACGAAGAAGUGCCCUCGAUGCACGUCAACCUCGAAACCAUCAAAGCCUGCCGCCUCGACAAGCUCCUGGCCGACAUCCUCAACCCCAAGCACCACCCUCGCCGGGCGCCCGAAGAGCUGCUUGACCUCGUCGCCAAGGCGAGCCAGCUGCAGGGGAAAUGGGCGGCGAGGUUCGGCGAAGACUUUACGUCCAUCGACGACGUGCGAAGCCUCGAGCUGAAGCAAACCGGGUACUUGAAGGAUUUGUAUCUCAGCGUUGAGGAUGGCAACCCGGCUUGGAGGAUACGCGAGGGCCGCGCCCCGUCGGUGGAGGUUGUGACCAAUACCUCCUUGGAGCUCGGACAGUGGUUCAUCAACAUGGCCUGCGCACGCCGCAGCGGCAUGUCCGGCAACUCGAUCGAGACCCUCGCCAAAAACGGCAUCAAGGUUCUGCCCCUACUCUGGGGAAGAGAGGAGCAGAUUGACAAAGAUGUGACGAGAUACAUCCGCGACGGGGAUGCUUCGGAAAUGGUCCACUCUCUCCUCACACAAGUCGGCCAAAAGGUGCACAUCCUCAGAGGAUAUAAACUCCGGAGCCCGCAUGCGCCGGAAGCGGGUAUCCGUUACGACGGACUGUACAUCAUUCGCAGCUUCGGCUUGAAGCUCGACCCUCACAAGGAAACUUACUGCAUGAGUCUCAACAUGGAGCAGGCCCCAGGCCAAGGCCGCGUAGAGACCCUCCAACCCAUACCGAGACCUUCGCAGCUCGACGACUGGAAGCUUUACGAAAAAUUCGAAGAGCACGAGAUCAAGAGGGCGGGGGUCGACGACGAGUAUGGCACUUGGAGGACGAUGCAGAAGAGAGACCCGGUUGUCUUCUAG